ACCGCAGCUCUGCCGCGCCCCUCUCCGCGCUCUACCUGCAGGUAUUGGCUGAGCUGCCGGUGACGUCAGUGUCGCUGCCGGUCGCAGUCACUACCGGAGACGCAGCGGAGUCAGGUGCCGGGAUAUAGACAUGGCGGACUCAGUUCCUAACAGUCCUCCUCAGGGAGGGGCAGUGCAAUUCAUGCUGGCAAAUAAACUUGAUACUGCAAUGUGGCUGUCGCGGUGGUUCACAGUAUACUGUUCAGCAUUAUUUAUUCUUCCUAUUUUAGGCCUACAUGAAGCUGCCAGCUUCUAUCAGCGUGCCUUGCUGGCCAAUGCUCUUACCAGUGCCCUUCGGUUGCAUCAGAGGUUACCUCACUUCCAGCUGAGCCGGGCAUUUUUGAGCCAGGCUUUGUUAGAGGACAGCUGCCAUUACCUACUGUAUUCACUCAUCUUUGUCAACUCAUACCCUGUCACAAUGAGCAUAUUCCCUGUCUUGCUGUUUUCAUUGCUUCAUGCGUCAACGUACACAAAGAAGAUCUUGGAUGCAAAGGGAGCAAACAGCAUGCCAUUUGUUCGGUCACUUCUGGACAAACUGAACGCAAAUCAGCAAAAUAUUCUGAAGUUUGUCGCUUGCAAUGAAAUCUUUCUAAUGCCGGCAACGGUCUUCAUGCUGCUGAGUGGCCAGGGGAGUUUAUUACAGCCAUUCAUAUACUACAGAUUCCUGACACUGCGUUAUUCUUCCAGAAGGAAUCCAUACUGCCGGACUUUGUUCACUGAGCUGAGGAUUAUCUUGGAGCACCUUGUAAUGAAACCAGCAUGUCCAGACUUUGUCAGAAGAUUGUGUCUAAACAGCAUUGCUUUUAUAAGCAGACUAGCGCCAACUGUUGCAUGAGUUACUGUUAAUUACACUAUACAAUAUGUAUGUAAAUGAGCAUUAGCAGCUGGUAUUUCUGCACUCUGUAUGAUAUCCAAAUGUUUUACAAUUAUCGCAACCUGAUGACAUCUAAACAGGUCCAUCCAAGCAAUGCUGAAUCCUCAUCUGCCUUUUUUAUACAUCACUUGUUACAAUUUCUUAGGACAAUUAUCGUGACCUGUUCCCAGUAAGUGAAUGUAGAAUUAAUUGCUAUUCCCACCGAAAAAGAAAAUGAAGACUUGUUCAGAUAAUGUCAGGGAUCAAAUUUGCAGCGAUCGCCUUAGGAAGUUGCAUCCAGGGUAUUUUAAUACAUAAGCUGCAACAAUGGACAAAGAUCGUCUCAUUGGGAACAGACAGUUUAGUGACCGAAAAAUAUAAUGAGGUAUAAAUGUUUCUAGUUUUAAUUUUUGAGGAGCAAAGUAGGUUAAAUAUUGUAUAAAUUAAAGAAUUGUUACUUUACAGUUAUAAAAUAAAUAUUUCUAGGUAUAUUUAGAUUGCUUGUAUCGAAAUACAAACACAUUUAUCAAGGUACACUCCUUUGUAUGAAGAUUGUAAUUGAAUUGUACAUAUAAUAAAAUAAUUCACACUGAUUAUAGAACAUUUUUUUGAGGAAUUUAGCUUUCAAAAACGUCCGAACAAGUGUAUUUUUUCACCUUUUGUUUUUCAAGUAUAAAAUUUCAAACGAUGCAAUAAAAUCUAUAUAUGCACAGA